AUGUCCACUAAGGUUCUGAAUGAGUUUAUGCGUUCGAUGGCGCCGGGCGCCUGCUACACUACACUGGCCUUGUUUCGUGAUCUUGAGACGCGGGUCCACUCAGACCACGGAAAUGAUCCCAGCCUGAUGAAUACCAUCCUGAAGGUUUCUGAAUUCAGCCACGGUGGCCUCUGGGUCGAGACGGUGGGCGGCAAGGUCCCGUGCCCGCUUCCGCAUCAGGGCCAAAGGAUGGGUAACGUUGUCGAGUUUGCCAAUGGUGCAUUGAGCUUCGAUGCCCAACAGCCGCACUGCGUUAUGCCGUGGUCUCGCGGGCCCCGCGUGGUUCUUGUGGCAUUUAGUGUACGGAACUGGGCAAACUUGCGUCGUGCAGACUUGACUGAGUUGUCAAACCUGGGGUUUAAGUUGCCAACCUUGGGACCUGACUCAACGGCCGGUCCCGAGUCUGCCUCUUCGGUUCUCCCUAGCCCUGGGGUUUUCCCUUUUCCGCCACCGGCGCCAACCCCGGCGCUUGCAGCUUCACCUGUCACCCUGCCUCCUCAUGCGAGCGUCCCAGGGACUGCACCUGCCGCAGCGGAUCAUCCUGAUCUCGGUGGGUCAAACGUGGCUCGUGAUGUGACGGCCACUGCGCAACCUUCCUUCAUCGAGUUGUUCUGUGGUUCUGCUGGCCUUUCGGCCGAGGUGCGCAAGCUGGGGUUCCGCGUGUUGGGAGUUGAUCACAAACCCACCGCUAAGCAUGCCAAUGCACCUUUCGUCAGCUUGGACUUGCGCGACCCAGAGCAGCAGGACCGCAUUUGGGUCGAGUUGCGCCGUGCUCAGGCCGUGUGGAUUGCUCCCCCGUGUGGGACUGCUUCGAUUGCGCGGCAAAUCCCUCUUGGACGGUCGGCUAAGGGACCUGCACCCUUACGGAGCCCGGCUUUUCCAGACGGGUUGGCAUCCUUGCGUCCCGAGGAUCAUGCUCGAGUACAAAGUGCAAAUCGUUUGUAUGCCUUUGCCGCCAAGGUUUGGACGUUCUGUCUUGAACACGAUAUCCUUUGCAUUGUGGAGAACCCGGCAUCAAGCCUCAUGUGGCAAACAUCGUGGUUUAGGACACUUGUCCCGCGUGGCGUGUGGCACGAGCUGCAUUCUUGCAUGUAUGGAUCUGCUCGAAAGAAGCGCACUGCCUUGCUGGCUACAUGCCGCCUUCCGGGUCUCAUGUUGCAGUGUGACAAAUCACACGAACACAAGAAAUGGGGUCGUGUGCGCGAUCCGGACGGGCGUGGUGUGCACUAUGCCACUGCCGAGGAAACCGCUUACCCAGCCGGCCUGUGUACGGCAGCAGCCCGUGAGAUCUGCUUGGCAUUGCAAAAUAAAGGGAUUAUGCUUGAUGUGCGCGCAUCUUCGGACACGGCCCUGGCAUCUUCCUUUGCACAGCGGCAGCCUCGCCGCGGCCGCGGCAUUGUGGGUCCGCCUGAGUACAAACGGACUGUCCUUGUCCGGCUCCCUCGUGACUUUCAGCCCCCGGACCAUGUGCCAGAUGAGCCACUUGCAGUGCUUCGCGACGUGCCUGCGGGCUCCAAGCUUCUGUGGACUCGCGUCUUUGUUGAUGGGGGUGUUGAGGUUCGCGAGGCCCAAUUUGGGGUAUACCAUACACCGGAUGAGUUUCUGAAUGCUGCCUUGAAAGUGACCCAUCCCUUCGACAGUGCAGUGUCUAUUGACGGCCCGAACCUUCGGGCAAUUGCAUUCACUCUUGAGCAUGGUGUUAAGGCUGUGCAGCAAAGACGUAUGGAGGUUCUUGAGCACUAUCGUGCACUGGAGCACUCUCUGAGGUCUGAUGAGGAGGCUCUUAAGCAGGCAAUGGACCCUACGGUACGGGAGAUCAUGGGCAACAAGAAGCUGCUCUUGUUCAAACAGAUGCUGAAGGAUGCAGGUGUUCCUGAUGAGCGCCUCUUCGAGGAUAUGGUUCAGGGAUUUCGGUUGACUGGUCCCCUUGUGCCUUCGGGUUUGUUUCCCCCUAAGUAUAAGCCUGCCGUCAUCUCAGUGGAUGAAUUGCGGCGCACUUCGCAGUGGUCCAAACACCUUGUCGAGGCUGCGUGUCGGAAGGCUUCACAGGAUCCUGAGAUUGCGAGGGCUGUUUGGGAAGAAUCGUUGGGGCAAGUCGAGAAGGGAUGGUUGUCGGGACCAUUCACAUGGGAUCAAAUGGAUCAGAAGUAUGGGGGCACUUGGGUGGCGUCCAAGCGCUUCGGGGUGUCCCAGGGCGACAAGGUGCGUGCUGUCGAUGAUCUCUCGCAGUUUCAGGUGAAUGCUUCGGUUACUGAGACCGAGAAGAUUCAACUUGAAGGCCUUGAUGACAUUGUUGCCCUUGCGAGAUUCCAUUUGGGUGCCACUGUGUCGGGCACCAAGGUUUUCAGGCUCCCCUUGUCAGGCGGAGGCGUCUAUCAGGGCCGUUUGCAUCCUGACUUCAGGGAAGGUCGGGCACGGCGCUUGAAAGGCAGGGCUCUUGACUUGCGGAGUGCAUACAAACAGCUAGCUCGGCACCCCGCCGACGAUUGGGCUUCGGUGCUAGGAGUCUUAGAUCCAGACACCAACACUGUGGCCUAUUUUGAGAGCCACGCUCUCCCGUUCGGCGCAUCGGGCGCGGUGACAGGCUUCAACCGGGCUGCGGGUGCAUUGCGCAUUAUCAUGUCCAGGCUUUUGUUCCUUGUGAAUACGUCAUUCUUUGACGAUUUUUGCCAACUUGAGAUUGAUGGUCUGACUGAUUCUGCGGAUCAGGCGGCGCUUGCACUGCUUGAUCUCCUUGGCUGGGAGGUGUCCGAUGGCGAGAAGUUGAAACCUUUCGCUUCAGAGUUCACCAUGCUCGGUGCAGUGCUAUCCUUCAAAGUUGCGACUCAGUUGAUUCACCAUGCCGAGCGACAACCUGGUCCUGACGUGCAUGGUUUCGUCUUGCAAUCCCUCAAGAGGGAGAAAGGCAAUCAGGUGACACAUGGGGCGGUCAUCGUUGACCCGGCUUCGCAGACUCGAGAGGUGUUUGGGGGUCACAUCCCCGAGGAUCUUGUGACAAAGUGGCGGAGCUCAGGCCGGACUCAGCUCAUCUUCUUUGCAGAGCUUUACCCUGUCUUGAUUGCGAGACGGACUUGGGCUAAAGUGCUGCGUAACAGACGGGUACUGAUCUUCGUGGACAACGAGGCAGCGAAGGCGGCCUUGAUCAGAAAUUAUUCUCCUUUGUUGGAUGCCGCUCAUAUGCUUUCUGACAUUGCCGAGCUUGAUGUCGAGCUCAGUUGUUUUCCAUGGUAUUGCAGGGUGCCGUCCAAGAGCAAUUUUUCCGACGCUGCCUCCAGACUGAGCUUUGGGGAGUAUGAGGAAUGCUUCCGAAGGAUUCAGCCCACUCUGGCAGCCUUUUGA